AUGAAUGUGUGAGGGAGAUGCGCGGUGAAAGUAAAAGAAGUUGAGGAUGCAACGAACCAGCCCAUAGACAACACAAAACACCAUACAGCAGAUGCAAUGUGGACGCCGAUAGAGACCGAUGCAGCAGACCUGAUUCACGAUGUCUCCUACGAUUACUACGGCCGGCGCAUGGCCGCAUGCUCAUCCGACCGCACCCUCAAGAUCUUUGACGUUGAUGCAGCAGGCGCCUGGCAAAUGACAGAUUCAUGGAAAGCAGCCGACGCUUCCAUCCUGGAAUGCGUCUGGGCACAUCCAGAACAUGGUCAAGUCGUUGCCUGCUGUUCCCUCGAUCGUACCGUGCGUAUCUUUGAAGAGACGGGCGGCGAGGGCAAGCGCUGGGUUGAACGCGCGCGACUUGUCGACGCACGCGCUGCCGUUCAUGAUAUAUGGUUUGCUCCACAGCAUCAAGGUCUGAGACUUGCUAGUGUCGCUGCAGACGGCAUUGUACGAAUCUAUGAAGCGCUUGAGCCCAAUAAUCUGAGUCAUUGGACGCUGAUGGAUGACUUUUCAGUGCUGGACGGUAGUGGUGGAGAGGACGACGGAGAGAUGGCUGUGGUCAAGAUGCCGCCGCGUGAAUCAGAGGCUUCCUUUUGCUUGACAUGGUGUCCGUCGCGCUUCGCUCAACCCAGUCUAGCGGUGGGCAGUAUGGACACGGUGCGUCUCUACGUACAAGAUGGUGCUUCUGGGAAAUGGCGACCGGCAGGUGAGAUUUCCCAUCCGGCACUGAUACGAGACAUCACAUGGGCGCCGAGUAUGGGCAGGUCAUGGCAUCAACUCGCAACGGCGUGCAAAGAUGGACAUGUGCGUAUCUUCAAGCUGGUAGAGUCGGAAGGGCGGUGGCAGACGCAGUGUAUUGGCGACUUUGAUGAUCACGGUCAACCCGUCUGGCGGGUCAGCUUCAAUGUCACAGGCACGAUUCUAUCAUCUGCUGGAGAUGAUGCCAAGAUACGGCUGUGGAAGAGCAGCUAUGGCGGUCAAUUUGCAUGCACAAGCGUCGUGUCCAUGAUACAAAGCUAGUACUUGUAGACUACUAACACGCUGAAGCUUAGUUGACCUUUUAUUCUGUAUACGCCUUGAAGCUAUACGUUUACGAAGAUUUGCCAUUGAUCUUA